AUGAUGCUAGUAUUGAACAUUCUUGCUCAAUACGCAAUCCCAUCAGGCCUUUCAGGAUCACUUGGAACCCAUAGACUAAUAGAAGCAUUGAAACAUGCAUUUGCAGUAAGGAUGAAUUUAGGUGAUCCUGAUUUUGUAAAGGUUUCCAAAGUAGUAGCCGAUAUGCUCUCUCCCAAGUUUGCACUAGAGCUGAAAAAAACCAUUAAUGACAACAGGACUUUUGGCCCCAAUUACUAUGGUGGAAGGUGGAACCAGAUCCAUGACCAUGGCACCAGUCAUGUAUCCAUAGUGGAUACCAAGCGAAACGUUGUAUCCAUAACUAAUACAGUGAAUGGAUAUUUUGGUUCAAAAAUACUGUCUCCAAGUACUGGUAUAGUCCUCAAUAAUGAAAUGGAUGACUUCUCCAUGCCAAGUAACAAUAGCUCCGGAGUUACCCCACCGCCGGCACCGCCCAACUUUGUCCACCCUGGCAAAAGGCCAUUAUCGUCUAUGACACCCACAAUCGUUUUGAAGGAUGAGAAGCUGAAAGCGGUGGUGGGUGCAAGUGGAGGAGCUAAUAUCAUUGCUGCGACUACACAGGUUUUAUUGAAUCAUUUUGCUCUGGGGAUGGAUCCACUCUCGUCUGUCAUGGCACCAAGAGUCUACCAUCAGGUUUUUUUUUCUUUUGCUGAAAACUCUUGCCAUUUACAUUCUGGGUUUGGUUUUGUUGAUUAUCUGAUGUAGUUUCCAUUUUGUGUUGAUGCAGCUGAUACCCAACGUGGUGAGG